UUUGGAGUUGCGUUGCAACAAUGCUGCGUGUUUCGCGUCCAUUGUCUCGUCGACGUAUUCGUCGCGACGUGCAGCUCCGGCAGACGACGCUAACGGCGGAGCGCACCCUUCAGUCAGGCCAAGAGAGAGUUUUGCCGUGAACAUCAAGGCAGUGGUUGCGGCGCGUGCAAUCGGAGCUGGACACAAUCAACUUGUCAGAUUUUGUGCAGUUCUUGGUUUGCCAAAACCGAUCCACCAUAAGUCGUUCACCGCCAUAACAAAAAAAGUACACCUCGCUGCUACGAAAGCAGUGGCUGAAAACCUGAAGUUGGCUCGGAAAGUAACAGCACAGGAAGCGGGAUCUGCCAAUGUAGCUGUUAUGUUUGAUGUCACUUGGCAGAAACGAGGCCACAAGAGCCAUAAUGGCAUAGGCACAGCCAUUUCUGUGGAAACGGGGCUUUGCCUAGACUUUGAAGUUUUGUCCAACUACUGCCAGAGUUGCAGUACACGCAAGCCAUUUGAAAGCGAAGAGGAGGAAGAAAUAUGGCAAGCUUUUCAUAUGCCAGUGUGCGAAAAAAAUGUAGAUUGCUCAGCACACACCAUGGAGACUAAUGCUGCUGAGAGAAUAUGGAAGAGGACCGAGUCCUACAGUACUCCGCUGAGGUUUACAACCUUUCUCAGCGAUGGCGACAGCAAGGCUUAUACAGCUGUGUCAGCGGCAAACGUGUAUGGAAGUGUGCCCAUCACAAAAGAAGACUGCACCAACCACGUAGCCAAGCGGCUUGGGACUGCCCUGCGGAAACUCAAAAUGCCGCGAGGGGAGAAGCUUACAGAUGCAGUAAUUCUGAAGCUGCGGAGCUACUUUCAAGUAGCCAUCACUGCCAACAGAGGAAGUGUACAUGGAAUGUAUUGUGCAAUCUGGGCAUCAUUUUUCCAUUCAUGCUCAACAGAUACAGCGCAGAACCAUAAGUUUUGUCCGGAUGGAAAGGACUCCUGGUGCAAGUUCAAGCGGGCAGAAGCGUUGGGUCAGGCAGCCCCAGCACACACCCCUAUUCUCAGAAGCAGCCAGGCCAAGACAAUGCUGCCCACAUACAAAAGGCUGAUGGAGAAACAGCUACUCACUCGCUGUGCCAAGGGGAAAACUCAAAAUGGAGCCGAAUCAUUGAACAGUAAGAUUUGGCUGUUGUGCCCCAAGACGAGGUUUGCCUCGCGCACAGUCGUGGAGAUGGCAACAGCACUCGCUGUCCUGUGGUUUAACCAAGGUCACAAAUGCUACGAACAAGUUCUGCAGGAACUAGGAGUGCUUCCCUCAAAGGAACUCGUUGCGCUGAGCAAAGACUGUGACAAGAGAAGGAUUUCGAGCAUGUCGACGAAGCAGACAGCAGAGGCAAGGUUUCGCCGUCACCGUCUAGCCAAGGAGGCUCGUCUGGAGCACGCUGCUCACAAAGACUCUGAGCGAACAACAUACGGUGCGGGUGAAUUCUAAUGUUUUGGAUUGAAUCUGGAUACCCUGGCCUACAUUGUGUGCAAUGUUCAUAUAGGUACCACUUCUACAACAGAAGUAAACAACUUUUAUAACUUUCAAUCGCAUUUUUCUCAACUUCAUAUUUUGGGCCAAACAAGGCUUUUGUGCACAAUAUUUUAUGUACUUAUUGUGGUCCAAUCAAGACCACAUUUGAUGGGCGUAAUUUUUAGGAUAUGUAGAAUGCACUUAUCUAGGAUUUAAUGCAAUCAAUUUAUUUUUUUAAGGAUGAAAAUUUUUGAUGUACUCGGGCUCCAGUCACUGAAUAUGAAGCACCAGAUACGAAAUUCUCUUAAAAUGUUGCCUGUAAAGGGAAUCACAUUAUCUUGCUUAUUAGCACUCAGUGGAGUGUUAGGGACAAGAAAAAUAAUUUUGCACUGCUCUAUCAUGCUAACAGCUAAGUCCAGCAGCUGCACAAACAUGCACUGCUUCUCACAUAUGCACGGCACUUAGGACAUGAAAGCAUCGAGAUAUCCUAAAACUAAAAGUAGAUUUCGAAUGAAGAGAUCAAGCUCUAUAAGUGGUAGAAUUUUCAUUCGCCCAGCAUCAUUACUUAAAAAGAAAUGUUUCUGAGGAGCAUCUCC